UGUACAAUUGUCAGGAGGACAGAAGUAUCACUACAGUUGAAGGGGAAUGUAAAUAGGCGACUGCUUGCUCACACGUUUGGCUGUGACUACAUUUUGAGGUCCACGAUGUCUGAACUUUUUAUGGAGUGUGUAGAGGAGGAGUUGGAGCCGUGGCAGAAACAAGUAACUGAAGUUCACAUGAUAGACGAUGAUGACGAUGAACCCAUCUUCGUUGGAGUGCUGUCUAACCAAAAGGACAGUAAACCUACCCCUCCACCUCCUCAGACUAACACUGCAGGGAAACAAGAAAUAAAGCGUCCUGCUCCUCAACCUGCCAUUGGCUCCUCACAAAUAAUGCUGCCAUUGAAUAUUGCUGGAAAUGCAGUGAAUACUGCAGCACCGAAUCUGACAACAGUGACUCCACAGCCUGUUAUCGUCAAUAACCAGGGCUUUAUUGUCACUUCUCCACAAUUAGCAAACAGCACUGAGUUUAUUGCCUCACUUGGGUCCCAGUAUCCCCCUGGGACAUCAUUUACAAUCGUACCAGCCGGCCAGCAGCAGCUUUUUCAGCAUGUCACUCCAGCCACAGUAAUACCUGGUGCUGUACACAGGCCUCAGGUGCAACAAAUCAGCAACAACAUUGUGACGUUGUCUAACGUCCAGAGCCCUGCUCUGUAUUCAACCCAGUCCAAUCAGUUGCAACCCAACCGGUCCAACUCACAUCCUCUUCAGACCUUUUCUCUGCCUGUGAUGGCCAAUAGCAAUAACAGAGACCAACUCUUAGUCAAACGAGGACUGCCACCACAACAAAUAGAAAAUGUAGCAAAAAGAGUCAAGCUUGAUUUGGGGCCGACAAAAUCAGUAGCACCAGCAGAAAACGGGAUUGUCAAGAAAAAAUGCCCAAAGUGUAAAGGAGAAUUUGUUACACAGGAGACUCUGAGAUCUCAUAUGGCGUGCUGUGGUGCAAUAGUGGAAAGCACAGCCUCUCCAGCUGUGGAUACGAGUGCAAACAAGCGCAUCAUGCUGGUCUCAGAUUUCUACUACGGCCAGUUUGAGGGAGAUGUGAAGAAGGACACACAGAAGACCAACUCCACUUUCAGGUGCCAGAGCUGUUUAAAGGUUCUCAAGAACAACAUCAGGUUCAUGAACCAUUUGAAGCACCACCUGGAGCUGGAGAAGCAGAACAGUGAGAGCUGGGAAAGCCACACAACUUGCCAGCAUUGUUACCGACAGUACAUGACUCCAUUCCAGCUGCAGUGCCACAUCGAGAGCGCUCACAGCCCGAUUGAAUCCUCAACCAAUUGCAAGAUAUGUGAGCUGGCCUUUGAGUCAGAGCAAGUUCUUCUGGAACACAUGAAGGACAACCACAAGCCAGGAGAAAUGCCUUAUGUGUGCCAGGUCUGCAAUUACAGGUCCUCUUUCUUCUCAGAUGUGGAGGCGCAUUUCCGAACUGUCCAUGAAAACACAAAAGACCUGCUCUGUCCCUUCUGUCUCAGAGUUCUUAGAACUAGUCAUAUGUACAUGAAACACUACAUGAAACAUCAGAAAAAAGGGAUUCAUCGCUGUGGAAAAUGCAGAUUGAAUUUCCUCACCUACAAGGAGAAAUUGGAGCACAGGACUCACGUCCACAAGACCUUCAGAAAACCUCGGGCCUUGGAGGGCCUUCCUCCAGGAACAAAGGUGACCAUUCGAGCCUCCCUCACAGGAAAGACACCCACAAACCCAACGUCCCAUGACCGUCAGUUUGUUGUCAGUCAAGAAGCACCAGGUUUCAAUCAGCAAACCAAAUCUUCAGUCGGUGUAUCCAAGUCUAAAUCAAACGUCUCCGGAGCGCAAAAAGCCAAGGCCACGCAGAACAAGAAGCAAAAUGGCCGCACCACCAAGCACAAUCUGGCGCUCAGGAAUGUCAGAGUCAGUGGAGGACGUUACAUUUGUAUCGAGUGCAACUCGCAGGUGGACGACUUCUUUUCUCAUUUCCCAAUGGUUUCCAACUGUGGCGCGUGCAAAUAUCGGACAAGUUGCAAAGUUGCCAUUGGGAAUCAUAUGAUAAAAUUUCAUAGUACCAUAACCAAACACCGAUUUCUGAAAAUGGAUCAUAAGAAAAAUCCAUCUGGAUUAAAAUUCACCCUCGUGUGUCUCAACUGUGACCUCCUUGUGGACGCAUCAGGUGGCGACCUGAUGACCAAACAUUUAACUGAUAGACCAAGUCACAUAUGCAAAGUCAUUCAGGAGAAAGAUACGAAAGCCAAAGAUCGAGUGCAUCUUGUCUUGGGGAAGCCAGCAAAAGUCUUGUAUGUCUUGACACCACCGCCAGCCCAAAAACAAAAAGAAAUGGACUUAAAAGUAGUUGAAUGUGCCACAUCUCAAAGUGUUACUCCUGCCACUGUCGACCAACCAGAAUCCGAGGCAAUGCUACCAGCAGGUGAUCAGGAAACACAUGUCACUGCAGGUUCCUCUGAAGGAGAAGUACAGCAGUCGGCACUGCCGACUUUAUCAUCUUCCUGUCCUGUGACAUCAGAAGGGGCUUUAGGAGUCUGUGACGAGUCAGGUAACUCAGAGAGCCUCGAGGUCAGAGAGCAGCUAUCUGACUCAGGGAUUGUCCCCGAGGGUAAGAGGGAACAGCAAACUAAAUCAGAGUGAACCUGUGCAGCAACUAAACAAUGCAUAAGACGUAUGAGAAGACCAUUUCAACAUCCAAUCAGUCAUACCUCAGCAGUGUUUCAAAUAUUGAACAUAUGAUAAUGAUGAUGAUGAUAUUGAUAUUUCCUAUUAAUUCCCUCGAGAUUCUUGUUUGGCAAGCCAAUUUUAACGAAAAACAAACACAAACCACACAGUGUUUGUGUGUGUGUGCUGUUGAUUUGACUAUGAUUGUGGCUCAUUUUUUAUGUCUUAAGUUUCCAGAUUGGUCCUUAAGGAACAGCAACCAGACAAAAUGACAAAAUGUAAAUGUAAAGGACAGUCCAUCAGCCACAAAAAGGACAGUAUUUGGCUCUUCUCCUGAUCCAUACAGUAUCCAGACAUACUAAAAUAUUUUUUUGUUUUUACAGUUUGAGCUGAGACUAUUUUACACUGGUGUCUUAGUUUGAGUUAAGAUGGUUGUUUGUUUGAAUUUUAUAUAUCAUAUAAUUUUGCCCCCGUUUAUAUUGAAUGUGAGGUUGCUAUACCAAAAAUAUAAAGUAUCACUAAAAUAAACUUAGCUUCUGGAAAAGCUACUGGUUUGUGGCAGAAAUAAUCGAUGUGGUACAAAUAUGUUGUUACCAGCUUUUUUUUUUGGACAUCCGAGACUAACAUUUAUCCCAACACUCAGAAAGAUGCUUUAAACCACUAAGAAAUGUAUAGAAAAUACUGGCAUAUUAUUUUAUUCCCUAAGAAAAAGGGUGUCAGCUUUGUGGAAUGUGGCUUGGACAAGACGGAGAAAAAUAAAGCAUUGAGCAACUGGACAAUGACCAUAACUGAGAGGUGAAGAAAAUAAUAUGUAUACCACUGUACUCACGUAUAUUUUAUUGUCAUACUUUUAACUGAUGAAAGUGCCAGAAUGUACAAAAGAAAAAAAUCUGUAUAUGUUACAGUAAGCAAAGGUACUCAGCACGACACUUGAGCUUGAUUUAAUCAUGCAAACAAUUUGUAUGACUGAGUUGUUUAAGUUGCCUUUUUAUUUUGCAUUUAGGAUUUAAAAAAAGGCUAAUUCCCUGUAGCUCUGAGGAUGUUUUAUAUGAUACAAAUUGUUUACUUUGUGUGACUUAAAUACUCCAAUUGUCAUUGUUGGUUUCAUAGGUUUUUAAAAAGGGAUAUCACUUGUAUGUACAGUAUCUGUAGAGCAAGUCUGUAAAUGCUUCUAUGUCUAUGAUGGCGCUGUAAAUGUAACCUCCUGAGUCUGUUUUGGAUACAUUCCUCAAAAGAUCUUGUCCUCUGCUUAGGGCACAUUUUCCUCAGAGAUCUAUAAAUUAAUGGGUUUGGAUCCGUGUUUUCCUGUUACCAUGUAAAUAAAUCUUUACUACAAGAGGA